GGCCGCGCGUGGCUUCUAAUUUCGACCUUUCUCUUCUCUUCUUCUUCCUUCUCUUCUCUGUUAGGUUUUUCCAUAGUUACAUACACUACAGCUCUCUCUCUUCUUCAUUUUCUUCUUCUCCACCAGACACUCGCUUCUUCUUAAACCUUGUUUAACCCUAUCCAUCCCUAACUGCAACGAUUUCUUCAACCUUCUCGCUAUAUAAGAUAUGUUUAAUGCUUGAGUUGUGUUAAACGCGAUGGCGUCUAAAGGUCCCAGGUCCAAGAUUGAUCAUGAGACCAGAGCUAAACGGCAAAAGGCUCUUGAAGCUCCUAGGGAGCCCCGGCGACCCAAAACUCACUGGGACCAUGUCUUAGAAGAAAUGGUGUGGUUAUCAAAGGACUUUGAGUCAGAGAGGAAAUGGAAAUUAGCUCAGGCAAAGAAAGUUGCUUUAAAAGCUAGCAAAGGCAUGUUAGAUCAGGCUACAAGAGGUGAAAAGAAGAUGAAGGAAGAAGAGCAGCGGUUAAGAAAAGUUGCGAUAAAUAUUUCUAAGGAUGUUAAGAAAUUCUGGACAAAAAUAGAAAAGCUGGUUCUUUACAAGCAUCAAAUGGAACUUGAUGAAAAGAAGAAAAAGGCCCUUGACAAACAGCUUGAGUUUCUUUUAGGGCAAACUGAGAGGUACUCAACAAUGUUGGCAGAAAAUCUUGUGGAUGCUUAUAAAUCAGCGGAGAAAAUUUCUGUGGAGCAUCACUUGAGCAUUCAAGACAAAAAUAUAGAUGGAGACAUUAUUAAUGAACCUAAGGAAGGUAACGUUGAGGAUCAGUCAGAUGCAGCUGACAAUGAUGAGGAAUAUGGUGUGCAAUCUGAUGAUGAAUCGGAGGAUGAUGAGCGAACCCUUGAGCAAGAUGAGGCUCUAAUAACUAAAGAAGAAAGGCAAGAGGAAUUGGCCGCUUUGCAUGAUGAAAUGGAUCUUCCAAUUGAGGAGUUACUCAAGCGUUAUGCUGAGGAGAAAGGAGAAUCAAUAAUGCAAGAAAGUAGUCCAGAACAUGAUGAAGAUGAUGGGAAAAUUGUUAGAGCUGGUGAUGGUGAUAAUAAGGAAGGACUAGCAUCAGAAAAUGGACAUGAUCUUUUAUCUGACAGCAAAAUUGGUGGAAGCAACUCAAGCAUGGUCCCUGGUCGACGUUGUGAUGAAAGUAAUGGCGAUGUAGCUACACCAACAGACAAUCCAUCUCAGUAUGAGCAUCGCCAAACUGAAAGUCCAAAAGAGUUUCCCAGUGAAACAGUCAAUGAAGAUUUUGCAUAUGAUUUUACUGAUGAAGAGGAAGACGGCGAUUUUUUGCUUGGCACAGAAGAUAAGGAUGAUGAAGCAACCUUAUCUGAGGAGGAAAAAUUGGAAAGAGUUGAUGCAAUUGAUCCUAAGGAUGAGAUUGCAUUAUUACAAAAGGAGAGUGAUAUGCCUGUUGAGGAACUGCUUGCAAGGUAUAAAAAGGACCCAACCGAUCAUGAUGAUGGGGAAGAUGAAUCUGAUUAUGCUUCUGCUUUAUCGGAGGACCGUUUGGAUUCUCCAGUCCCUGAAGAUGCUGAGCAGAAGGAUCCUGCUGUUCCUAUGGAUGAAGAUGUCAAAUCUGGUGAGCACCUCACUGCUGUACCGUCCCAGGCAGAAGAACAAUGUGAAUCACCUAAUGAAAAUUUGGAAAAAAGAGAGAGCGAGCAUAUAAUUGCUGAUGCAGCUGCUGCUGCAAGAUCAGCACAACCAACUGGAAAUACAUUUUCCACAACUCAAGUGCGUACAAAGUUCCCUUUUCUACUCAAGAAUUCUCUUCGAGAGUACCAACAUAUUGGAUUGGAUUGGCUAGUCACAAUGUAUGAGAAAAGACUGAAUGGAAUUUUGGCAGAUGAAAUGGGGUUAGGAAAAACAAUUAUGACUAUAGCUUUGCUUGCACAUCUUGCUUGUGAAAAGGGCAUUUGGGGCCCACAUCUAAUUGUGGUACCAACUAGUGUAAUGCUUAACUGGGAGACAGAGUUUCUAAAAUGGUGUCCUGCUUUUAAAAUUUUGACUUAUUUUGGAAGUGCAAAGGAGAGAAAACAUAAGAGGCAAGGAUGGUUGAAACCAAACUCUUUUCAUGUAUGCAUAACAACUUAUAGAUUAGUUAUUCAGGAUUCCAAAGUUUUCAAGCGCAAAAAGUGGAAAUACUUGAUCUUAGAUGAAGCUCAUCUAAUUAAAAACUGGAAGUCACAAAGGUGGCAGACACUCUUAAAUUUCAAUUCAAAACGACGGAUUCUCUUGACUGGUACACCCCUACAAAAUGAUCUCAUGGAACUGUGGUCUCUCAUGCAUUUUUUGAUGCCCCAUGUUUUCCAGUCGCAUCAAGAGUUCAAGGAUUGGUUUAGUAAUCCUAUAACAGGGAUGGUAGAAGGAGAAGAAAAAGUUAAUAAGGAGGUUGUUGAUCGCCUGCAUAAUGUCCUUCGUCCGUUCUUACUCCGUCGAUUAAAGCGAGAUGUGGAGAAGCAACUUCCAAUGAAACAUGAGCAUGUCAUAUACUGUAGACUAUCAAAGAGACAGCGUAAUUUGUAUGAAGAUUUCAUUGCUAGCUCAGAGACCCAAGCCACUCUUGCAAGUGCCAAUUUCUUUGGGAUGAUUAGUAUUAUCAUGCAACUUCGUAAAGUUUGCAAUCAUCCUGACCUAUUUGAGGGUCGUCCAAUUGUCAGUUCUUUUGAUAUGGGUGGUAUUGAUAUUCAGUUAAGUUCUUCUGUUUGCUCCAUGCUCUUGCCUGGUCCUUUUUCAACAGUGGACCUAAGAGGUUUAGGUCUUAUAUUUACUCAUCUUGAUUAUAGCAUGACUGCUUGGGAGAGUGAUGAAGUGCAAGCUAUUGAGACGCCUGCAGCUUUAAUCAUGGAACAUGUUGAUAUGGCUGACCUAGAAGUAAUUAGGCCUGGACUGAGUUGCCAAAAGAAGCUGCAAGGAUCUAACAUUUUUGAAGAGAUUCAAAAGGCUAUCUGGGAAGAGAGGCUUAGGCAGACAAAGGAACAUGCAGCAGCCAUGGCAUGGUGGAACUCCUUGAGAUGUAAAAAAAGGCCCAUGUACUCAACAACUCUAAGGAAUCUUGUUACCAUAAGGCAUCCUGUAUAUGAUAUUCAUCAGGCGAAAGCAAACCCUGUUUCGUACUUGUACUCAUCCAAGCUGGCUGACAUUGUUCUCUCCCCAGUUGAACGAUUUCAAAGGAUGACUGAUGUGGUUGAAAGCUUCAUGUUUGCAAUUCCAGCCGCACGAGCACCCUCUCCUGUUUGCUGGUGCAGUACAAAUGAGACAAAUGUGUUUCUGCACCCAUCUUACAAGCAGGAAUGCUCUGAAGUUCUGUUGCCACUACUGUCACCAAUCAGGCCUGCGAUUGUUCGUCGGCAAGUGUAUUUCCCUGAUAGGCGUCUUAUACAAUUUGACUGUGGGAAGCUGCAGGAGCUAGCAGUUUUGUUGAGAAGAUUAAAAUCAGAAGGUCACCGAGCUCUGAUAUUCACUCAGAUGACAAAGAUGCUUGACAUAUUGGAGGCAUUUAUUAAUUUGUAUGGUUAUACUUACAUGCGCUUAGAUGGAUCAACCCAACCAGAGGAGAGGCAGACCUUAAUGCAACGUUUUAACACUAACCCCAAAUUUUUUCUUUUCAUCUUGUCAACCCGUAGUGGGGGUGUUGGUAUCAAUCUAGUUGGAGCUGACACAGUUAUAUUUUAUGAUAGUGACUGGAAUCCUGCUAUGGACCAACAAGCACAAGAUCGGUGCCAUAGAAUUGGUCAGACACGAGAAGUUCAUAUCUAUAGAUUGAUUAGUGAAAGCACCAUUGAGGAGAAUAUUUUGAAAAAAGCAAAUCAGAAGCGUGCACUUGAUAAUCUAGUUAUACAAAGUGGGGGUUAUAAUACUGAGUUCUUCAAGAAGCUUGAUCCUAUGGAACUAUUUUCAGGUCAUAGAACACUUUCAAUAAAAAAUAUGCCAAAGGAGAAAACUCAGAACAAUGGGGAAGUUUCAGUAACUAAUGCAGAUGUAGAAGCUGCAUUGAAAUGUGUAGAAGAUGAAGCAGAUUAUAUGGCAUUGAAGAGAGUUGAACUGGAAGAAGCUGUGGACAACCAGGAGUUUACAGAAGAAGCCAUUGGGAGACUUGAAGAGGAUGAAUAUGCAAAUGAGGAUGAUGAACCUGCAGAAUUAGGUGAAUCUGUUUCCAAUUUGAAUAAAGAAAAUGCGUUAAUGUUAAAUGGAUCUGAUCCUAAGGAAGAUAGACCACCACUCACUGUUUCUGUCAAAGAAGAUGAUGUUGACAUGCUGGCUGAUGUCAAACAGAUGGCUGCAGCUGCAGCUGCAGCUGGACAAGCUAUCUCUGCCUUUGAGAAUGAGCUACGUCCUAUUGACCGAUAUGCCAUUCGUUUUCUGGAACUGUGGGAUCCAAUUAUAGAUAAAACAGCCUUGGAAUCUGAAGUCAGGAUUGAGGACACAGAAUGGGAGUUGGAUCGCAUUGAAAAGUACAAGGAAGAAAUGGAAGCUGAAAUUGAUGAAGAUGAGGAACCUCUUGUAUAUGAAAGCUGGGAUGCUGAUUUUGCAACUAUGGCAUAUCGACAGCAAGUUGAGGCCUUGGCUCAACAUCAGUUAAUGGAGGAACUCGAGUAUGAAGCUAAACAGAAAGAAGCUGAGGAUGAAAUCUGUGAUUCUAAAAAGACUCAAACACCAGGUGAUUCAAAGCCCAAACAUAAAAAGAAACCCAAGAAGGCAAAGUUCAAAUCUCUAAAGAAAGGAUCUUUAAAUUCUGGCUUGAGACCUGUGAAAGAAGAACCACAAGCAGAGCCAAUGACUAUAGAUGAUGAGGUUCUCACUAAUUUGGAUUUUGUGUCAACAAAUUCACCUAUGCAGAAAAAACGUAAGAAGUCUAAAUUAACAAUGGAUGGUGUAGAAGAAAAGAGACUCAAGAAGUCCAAAAAGACCAAGAGGGAUCAUCAUGAUAUUUAUGCUUCUGAUUUAGAGUCCAACUCAUUAGUUGUGCAGGAUGAACAUGGAGAAUCAAAGAUGUGUGAAAGUCUUGUUGACUUGGAACAGAAAACAAGCCGGAGUAAGAUAGGAGGAAAAAUAUCCAUCACUCAGAUUCCUGGGAAAAGGAUAUGGACAAUAAAACCAGAAAAAUUGAAGAAGGGAAAUCAUUGGUCCAAAGAUUGUAUUCCAUCUACUGAUUUUUGGCUGCCUCAGGAGGAUGUAAUAUUAUGUGCAGUUGUCCAUGAAUAUGGUCCUAACUGGAGUUUGGUUAGUGAAACACUUUAUGGCAUGACUGCUGGUGGGGCAUACAGGGGGAGAUAUCGUCAUCCUGUCCAUUGCUGUGAGAGGUUCAGAGAACUUUUCCAAAAAUAUGUCUUGUACUCAAUGGACAAUGCAAAUCAUGAGAAAAUCAACAGUACAGGUUCCGGAAAGGCUCUUCUUAAAGUUACAGAGGAUAACAUUCGGCUACUGUUAGAUGUUGCUUCUGAGCACGUAAAUAGAGAGUUACUAUUGCAGAAGCAUUUUUUUGCAUUGCUUUCAUCUGUCUGGAAGAUGGCAUCACAUGUUGACCGCAGGCAAAAUCCAUCGGCCACCUGUAAUGGUCUCUACUUCGAUCAGAGUUUCUUUACUUCUAUUGGCCAACGUUCACAAAAUUCCUUGAAGAAACCCUCUGAAAGGAUGACAUUUGCUAAUUUGGCCCAGAACAAGAAAUUAAUAGCAGCUGCACUUGAUGACAGCAGAAGUAAGCAAGAGAAUGACAAAACCAUCCUCUCUAAUCAAGAGGAAGACAUGUCAGUGAGUGCGGAACAGCUGGAUAUAACUUUGGAGUUCCUGAAAGAGGAUAGUGACACACUAUCUUCAUUUCCAUCUGUUAUAAAUUUAUCAAUACAUGGGAUUGAAUCAUCAUCGCCUGUAAAUAAGCAAACAGAAGAUGAUCAUCUUAAAGUUUGUUCUUCCAGUGCUGAAAAUCGAUUCAGGGAGGCAGCAAGAGCUUGUGAAGAAGACAGUUCUGGAUGGGCUUCAUCAGCAUUUCCAACGAACGAUACAAGGGCUCGACCUGGAUCCAGGGUACAGUCCUUUGGAAAGCAAAAGUCUUCUGUAUCUGACUCUGCUAAGCCUUCUAGGUCAAAGGCCAAAAGAGCUGCAUUAGAUCCUAGUGAAAUGCAUCACCAUCAGGCCGAAUCAUUAUUUCAGUCAACAACCCCGCUUAAGGAUCUGAAAUUUGAUCUCACUUCAUCCACUCCGGAUGAAGCUGGAAUUGAUGGUAUCGAUUCCAAUUUUUCCUUUGAUUUGAAUGAGGGAAAUUCUUUGGAAAUGGAGAGUUUUGGUGUGGUCCCUCAUGAUUAUAUAGCUGGUUUAAUCUCAGACCUUGAUGAUUGUACAGCAUUCCCCGAAUAUACAGACAUUAGAUAAGGAUCAAACCAAGCCUAAAAUGCAGUUGAGUGACCUUUGGUAUUGGAGUACUGGCAUGCUCUUGGCAAGUAAGUCUUGGUCAGUUCAUGAAUUACUGUGGGGUUACAUAUGGAAUAAUGGUUCUUACAGUGGCACAGUGCUCUUGUGGGCAUGCCAUUUUUGGAUAUAGAUACAAAAACAGGUGAAAAUGAACCAGCUUUGCAGUUUGUACACUCUAGGAUGUUAUGUUGGAGGAGGAUUCUAGCAAUCCUUGGGAAGGAUUCAGAAUAUGAAAAUAUAGAGAUUUAGAACGCUGUCAAUAAUUUAAUUUCCUAAUGGAAUUUGAUGUAUUGAUUUGGGGGUUCAGCUCGAAAUUGACAGCACCAUUUUGCCAUAGGAACAACGCAGGUACUGACAUAAAUGACAAGGUAAGAAGCCUUCAUUUUUUUUACUCCCCUAAUGGUGGUGCAUGUGGAUUUGCCUGCACGCGUACAUAUGUUUAACUGGGGCGUGCGUAGGGUUUAGUUCUUUAACUGGCAACAUUUUGUUAUGCUAGCAGAACAAAUCAGUCUUUUUAUUGCCCGUUCAUUAAUCCCAUUUAUUAUGAACAUUCUGAAUGAUUUAACAUUGAGAAAAUGAGUUACACCAUCAAUUCAUAUGCAUGGAAUCUAAAAUAUACAUGAUUGCCUAGUCAAUCUUUUUAUAAUGGUGUUGCCUUUUUUCUCUUUCUUUCUUUCUUUGUUUUUCUUUUUGGGUUCAAGGAACAAUGUUGGUAAUUCCAACUCUCCAAUGUUCAUGUUAGGCAGCCCAAUCUGAGUUUCAAACGAAACGUUUCACCUUUUAUGUGGUGGCACCCGAUGACCUGAAUUUGAUGGAACCAUUCUUUAAGGCAAAGAGCAUUGUAAAAAUGUCAUGUAUAGGUGUUGUAUUGUUUGAAAUCGGGGGGAAAAUUUAACCAUUUUUUCAUGUUGUAUAGAAUGAAUCUAUAUGGUAAAAGAUGUUCUGUGAAUGAAAACUUCGUCGAUUCUCCGUUGUACAGAAUAAAUCUAUGCGGUAAAAGAUGUUUGUUGGCUUAUUUAAAU